ACCGUCAGUGCAACACCAUCCACUUUAUAAACAAAAUAAUAAAAUAUUCAUUAAAAAAUUCGUAGAAGUUACAAUUUUUUCCUGAAUAUCUUCAUCAAAGGAUUAAUCAUUGGAGCUCCAGUGGUGAUUUGAUCGCAAUGAUCAAUCACGGAUUAAUUUAUGGAUUACUCAUCACCACGAAUUUGAUGGUCGUCAGGGGGACCAUCUUGAGACCUCUGAAGAUGGACUCACCCUCGCACGUUUAUAAAAUGAGCUUAGAUAAUGAAUUUGAUUACGUUUUGAAGCGGUCUGGGUCGCAGAAUGUGGAGGAGAGUCCGGAUUCGAAGGAGCGGAGAAGUCAAAUGGGUUCAUCAUUCAUCAGAUUUGGGCGCAGUCAUCAGGCGAAUCUGGAGAGUCCAGAUAAUUCUGGAAACAAUAUGAACAGUGAUGAUUCGGGCUCCUCCAGAAUUCCCAGGGGACGUUCGGAUGUUAUCAUAAGAUUUGGACGAUCAGGAGUCCAGAGUUUUAAUUUUCCACGAGUUUCAUCCGCUAGCAGAAGUUCAAUGAUACCUCUCAAUUUAACUAAACUCGCUGCUAUUUGUCCCAGUAUUUUGACUAAUCCUGAAUCUGCUCUUCAUAAUGACUUACUCCUCCGUAUCUGUACGUCGCUCACUCUUCAAUCCUCGGACUUCGAUGUCAAUCAAUGGAAUAAUUGAAAUUUAUCUUCAUUUCCAUAUUUUUUUUUCACAUAUUGAAACAAAUUCAUAACUUGUACCCCUGAUUUUUUAUUAAUCCAAGCAUGCACCCCUGUAAUAUAUUAUUUCACUUAUCUUUCAGUUGAAUCAUAAAACAUAUGUAGUAUAUUAUGGCUAUAUUUUAUUUGAUUAUCGCUUAAUCCGGAUUGACUUAAAAUUAAAUCUUCCAUAUAUUCUGUGACCGACGAGCGAUACAAAACCAAUGGAAAAUCUUAUGUAACAUUCAAUGUAUCGGGUAGACCGUUGUUUUCUACUUCAAAUUUUCUCCGCCGUUAAAAAUGUAUUUCAAUUGUAAUAAUAUUAAUUACUAUAAUUUCCCAACUCAAUGAGGCUUACAAUUUACGGAGGAAAUAUCUCGAGGUAACUGAUGCUGUGUAUAGAUUUAAUACUCGAAAAAAGCAGAACCAAAGUAUGAAAAAGUAAUGAUAAUAAAAAAAAAACCACGUGGCUGAGA